AUGUUGAAUACAUUCAAUGAAAUAUCUCGCUGGACUUUAAUAACAAAUCUAAAUGAAUUUCAAUGGCGUAUUCCAUCUAUUUGGUGUGAGAUUAAUGACUAUGCCAAAGAAUUUCUCGAUCAUCCAUACAAAAAUGUACGAGAAAGUAUUGCCAGUAUAUUAUCAAUAUCAAUUAGCUUUGAUAUAACGUUGUUCAAUGGAAAAUCGACACGUCACCCUAAUACUAGUCAAUUUAUCGAUACUAUAUGUAAACGAUUGCGUCAAGCUAUUGAAGUUUAUGAAAGGACAUCAUUAAAAUUUCGUCGUACUCAUCAUGAUUCAUGGCAUGAACAUCGAGAACAAUUCACUGAAGAUCAACUGACAGUUUUGGCUGAUGUACUCAUAUCUCACAGUUAUUAUGCUUAA